AUGAAUGGGCAGAAAGUGGUGGAACACGACGAUCCAGAUGCGAUCAAGACCGCGCAUGAAGCGCCACUCGUCUGUUGUAAGCUUAUCGAAAUCAAGGGGGGAGCCUCAUUCUCCAUAGACAUCCUCCUCGGCCGCGGCAUUCGAGAUAUCCUCGCCUCUGACGACUCUGCAUUGAUGGCCGUCGUCCACCUCGACUCCCAAGAAGUCAUUAGACGUUUGGUAACGAAGAAGACGUUGGGUUCUGGGAAAGCGCGAAAGCACCGUCUCCUUCUAGAGGGUGUUCACGAGAAAGAUGGCAAGUCAAGACCAGCGUUGAAGAGAUUCCGAUUCGCCACGAGCGACAAGAAUGGCAACAUCCCCAAGGGCAGCAUCAAGGUCGACGUGUACAUUGUCAACAUACUCAGUCAACCAGAGAGAGGGCAGCUGGUCGAUAUAACCUCUUCAGGCCCACCGCCUCAGGCCAUCGUGUCAGUCUCUCUCCAAACACCAGCUCAGGACGUUUCUAACUUCGAGCCCAACAAAACCAAAAAGUCUCAGGCGGCCAAUACCUAUGAUAUUAACAGGUUAAAUCAUGGAAACCCAUUAGCAAGCUUCAUCUUCAAAUACCAGACAAAAACGACGAAGCUCUUCGACGACCUAACACUAAGUGAUUCGGAGGAAGAAAAAACCGAAAUGAACCGCCUGUAUUCACCUCUUCAGCCAAAGGGGUUCUUGGCCGAAAUGGGAGAGAAAAACGACCAUGCUAAGACAGAAAACGACAAGACCAUCUCAAUCCAGUCGGGUCAUGAUAUGAAAUCUACCGUCCCCAGGAAGAGGAAAGCCGUCUGGGCAUUCGACGAGAGUUCUCCGCCGAGACCUAGGAAGGUGAUUGCGCUAUCAGAGUAA